UUAGCAGCUCCAGCCUUGCUCUAUUGGACAAAUCCCUGGAGGAGAACUUCAUGUUCCCCCAUCACUUGAGCCCUGAGGACGAGAGCCAAAGUAAGACUAUUCACUUAGACACAACCACAGCUAGCUGUUUGUCAUUAGCAGACCUGGAGAAUAAAUCAUUAUUGACUUAUUGACAUUAUUGAUGCAAUUACAUAGAAUACUCUCCCAUAUCGUUAGUUAAAUAUUCAAAGUGUGUAUGGAACCCAACUUGUUUAGGUUCAGGUGUCUGUCGCUAUUCAUUGUUUUGCCUUCUAGGGCUGCCGUUUCUCUUAGGUAGUAGUAUGUGUGGUCUGCAGAGAGUGAAUUAAAACCAUUGAAAGCACUAAUCUAAUACAGUGUUUGUCACAGCUUUUACAACAUUGUAAUGUGUUCAUUUUGAUUUGCAGCAACAUCUCUAAAUAUAAAAUGUGACACAGUCUGAAGUCAAAAGCGUUGCGUUGUCAGUCUUGUUCGUUCAUUAAAUGAAGACCGUCUUGAAAUUUUGUUUCACACAAAAAGCCUCAUCUACAUUGUUUAUUCACGACAAAGGCAUGCGUGUAUUUAUAGUAACCCAUCAAACUGCAUUGCAAUCAAAUUGAUUUAAAUACAUUUUCCACCUAACCACUUCCAUUGGGAUAUUUCUGCCUCCCAGAGGAGAGGGACGGCUUUCUUAUUAGUGGUUUCACUCCUUCAGGACCCUCACAUGACUCCCUCCACAUUCACUUGAUUAGAUUGGGAUUGUUAGAUUCCCCAUGCCAGUUAUGGAGCCCCUAAAAAUGUAUAUUUUCCUCUUCCAGACUGACAUUCCCUGGUCUUCUGCUUAUAAUGGAGUUGUUUCAAUGUCUGAUCAUUCACAAAUGACUAGUUUGGCUUCAUCAGACACCAAGCAGCGUUCUUGAAUUGUCUUGUUGGUGUCUUAUUGGAGAGAUGCUAGAUAUCUCCUGACUACACUUUGGGUAAGUUCAAGCGCAAAUGGAAUUAGUCUGAAAUGGACAAUAACACUAAGCAGGGUUUCUAAGGUCAUUUUAGUAAAGUCUGGUUGAUGAGAAGAAACUGUACUGAAUAUGUACUGACAUGAGUAAUUUGUGCGUAAUUGUCUGAGUGUAGUAGACUCCAGACACCCAAGUCAUAGUUCUCUCUGCUACCGCAUGCCAAGCAGUACCGAUGCACCAAGUCUGGAACCAACAGGACCCUGAACAGCUUCUACCCCAAGCCAUAAGACUGCUAAAGAGUUUGUUAAAUAGUUACCCAAUAGCUACCCGGACUAUCUGCAUUGACCCUUUUUGCACAACUCUUUUGACUCAUCACAUACGCUGCUGCUACUGUUUAUAACCUCUCCUGUUGCCUAGUCGCUUUAUUCCUAAUUAUAUGUACAUAUCUACCUGCUCAGCUGGUAGAGCACGGCGCUUGUAACGCCAAGGUAGUGGGUUCGAUCCCCGGGACCACCCAUACACAAAAAUGUAUGCACGCAUGACUGUAAGUCGCUUUGGAUAAAAGCGUCUGCUAAAUGGCAUAUUAUAUUAUUAUAUUACCUCAAUUACCUCGUACCCCUGCACAUCGACUCGGUAUAUAGCUAAAUUAUCGUUACUCAUUGUGUAUUUAUUCCUCAUGUAAAAAUUUUCUCUCUGCAUUGUUGGGAAGGGCCCAUAAGUAAGUAUUCCACUGUUAGUCUACACCUGUUGUUUACAAAUCGUGUGACAAUGUCAGGGUUGAGUGUAGAGGUAGUAUGGAAUCAGGCGCAGGACACACAGAGGUUUCGAACAGACGUCUUUAGUGAAGUCCAAAGAACAAGCCACACACGGCAACAGGCAACAGGCGAACUUUACGCAACACGGUAAAGUAAACAUAAGGCGCACAAAGUGCGGAACUCUCUCUCAAAAUACAAAAUACAGAGGGAACUGAAAAAUGGACUAGCACACAAUGUGACAAUAAACAAUUACACACAACACCUGACCAAACUCAGAGAACUAAAUAGGACGCAUAAUGAACACUAAUAAGGAACAGGUGUAACAAAACAGACAAAACCAAUCAAACAUAGAAACAUCGAACGGUGGCAGCUAGUACUCCGGAGACGACGACUGCCGAAGCCUGCCCGAACAAGGAGAAGGAGCAGCCUCGGCUGAAACCGUGACAGUACCCCCCCCUUGACGCGCGGCUCCAGCCGUGCGCCGACCCCGGCCUCGGGGACGACCAGGAAGACGCGGAGCAGGGCGCGUGGGAUGACCACGAUGGAACUCGGUCAGAAGAGACGGGUCUAGGAUGUCCCUCCUCGGCACCCAGCACCGCUCCUCCGGGCCGUACCCCUCCCACUCCACGAGAUAUUGGAGACCCCCCAUCCGGCGUCUCGAAUCUAGGAUGGACCGAACAGUGUACGCUGGAGCCCCCUCGAUGUCCAACGGGGGCAGAGGAGUCUCUUCUAUCUCAUAGUCCUGGAGUGGACCAGCUACCACCGGCCUGAGGAGAGACACAUGGAACGAGGGGUUAAUAUUCUUGUAAUCAAUGGGCAGUUGUAACCUGUAACACACCUCGUUCAAUCUCCUCAGGACUUUAAAAGGCCCCACAAACCGCCGACCCAGCUUCCGGCAGGGCAGGCGGAGGGGCAGGUUUCUGGUCGAGAGCCAGACUCGAUCUCCAGGUGCGUACACUGGCCCCUCACUGCGGUGGAGAUCGGCGCUCGUCUUAUGUCGACGGAUGGCUUGCUGCAGAUGGAUGUGUGCAGCGUUCCACGUCUCCUCCGAGCGCCGCACCCACUCAUCCACCGCAGGGGCCUCGAUCUGGCUCUCAUGCCAAGGUGCCAGAACCGGCUGGUACCCUAACACACACUGGAAAGGGGUUAGUUUAGUGGAGGAGUGGCGGAGAGAGUUCUGUGCCAUCUCGGCCCAGGGAACAUAUCUCGCCCACUCCUCCGGCCGGCCCUGGCAAUACGACCUCAGAAACCUACCCACAUCCUGGUUGACACGUUCGACCUGCCCAUUACUCUCCGGGUGGUAACCCGAGGUAAGGCUCACCGAAACCCCCAACCGUUCCAUAAACGCUCUCCAGACUCUGGAGGUAAACUGGGGGCCUCGAUCAGACACUAUAUCCUCGGGUACCCCGUAAUGCCGGAAGACGUGGGUAAAUAGAGCCUCAGCGGUCUGUAGGGCAGUAGGAAGACCCGGCAUGGGAAGGAGACGACAGGCCUUCGAGAACCGAUCCACAACGACCAGGAUGGUGGUAUUCCCCUGGGAGGGGGGAAGGUCUGUAACAAAAUCCACCGAAAGGUGAGACCAGGGUCGUUGUAGAACGGGCAGGGGUUGUAACUUACCCCUGGGCAAGUGUCUGGGCGCCUUACACUGGGCACACACCGAACAGGAGGAGACAUAAAUCCUCACAUCCCUGGCUAACGUUGGCCACCAGUACUUUGUGCUAAGGCAGUGCACUGUCCGGCCAAUUCCUGGAUGCCCAGAGGAGGGUGACGUGUGAGCCCAAUAAAUGAGUCGAUCCCGGACCUCGAGCGGGACGUACGUCCGACCCACCGGACACUGUGGAGGGCUAGGGUCGGUGCGCAACGCCCGCUCGAUACCGGCUUCAGACGCGUCCACCUCCACUUGGAAUGGUAAAGCGGGAUCCGGGUGCGCCAGCACCGGAGCCGAGGUAAACAGGUCCUUCAGUUUCCCAAAAGCCCUGUCCGCCUCAGCUGACCACCGCAAGCGCACCGGACCCCCCUUCAGAAGGGACGUUAUGGGAGCUGCCACCUGUCCAAAACCCCGGAUAAACCUCCGGUAUUAAUUCGCAAAACCCAAGAACUGCUGCACCUCUUUAACCGUGGUUGGGGUUUGCCAAUUACGCACGGCUGACACACGGUCAACCUCCAUCUUCACCCCUGACGCAGACAACUGAUAACCCAAAAAGGAGACCGACUCCUCGAAGAACAGACAUUUCUCUGCCUUGACAUACAGGUCAUGCUCCAACAGCCUCCUCAACACUCGGCGCACCAGGGCUACAUGCUCGGCUCGGGUAGAACUGUACACCAGAAUAUCGUCUAUGUACACGACUACUCCCUGCCCCUGCAUGUCCCGGAAAAUCUCAUCUACAAAGGAUUGGAAGACUGAUGGAGCAUUCAUUAACCCGUAUGGCAUGACGAGAUACUCGUAAUGACCGGAGGUAGUACUAAAUGCUGUCUUCCAUUCAUCGCCCUCUCUAAUGCGCACCAAGUUAUAUGCGCUCCUGAGGUCCAAUUUUGUGAAGAACCGUGCCCCGUGUAAUGACUCCGUCAUAGUCGCAAUCAGAGGGAGUGGAUAACUAUAUUUCACAGUAAUCUGAUUGAGACCGCGGUAAUCAAUACACGGGCGCAAACCUCCAUCCUUUUUCUUCACAAAAAAGAAGCUUGAGGACGCGGGCGAAGUGGAGGGCCGUAUGUAUCCCUGUCUCAGAGACUCGGCAAUGUAUGUCUCCAUUGCCCUCUUCUCCUCUUGUGACAAAGGAUACACAUGGCUCCGCGGGAGCGCAGCUCCUGCCUGGAGGUCUAUCGCACAAUCCCCCUGUCUAUGAGGCGGCAACCGCGCCGCUCUAGUCUUGCUAAACACGAGGGCCAAAUCCUCAUACUCGGGGGGAAUGUGCAGUGCGGGCAUUUGGUUCGGACUCUCCACCGAGGUCGCCCCUACGGAAACACCCAGACAUAGCCCCUCACACUGAGCAGACCACCCCUUAAGAGCCCUCUCUCGCCACGAAAUAGUAGGAUCAUGUGUAAUCAACCAGGGAAGCCCCAGUACCACCGGAUACACAGGAGAGUCGAUCAGAUAGAGCUGAAUCGUCUCCUCAUGACCCCCCUGCGUCUCCAUCCUAAGUGGCACUGUGACCUCCCUAAUCAACCCGGAUCCUAACGGACGGCUAUCUAGGGCAUGUACCGGGAAAGGAUUAUUUACCGGAAGGAGAGGGAUCCCUAACUCUACACUGAAUUUACGAUCUACAAAAUUCCCAGCUGCGCCUGAAUCUACUAGCGCCUUAUGCUGGGAACGAGUUGCAACCUGUGGAAAACAAACAGGUAUAGUUAUGUGAACGACAGAAAGCUCUGGGUAAGUGGGGCGCCUACUCACCUGGGAGGACUGCCCAAUGUGUGGCCUGCCUUCUCUUCCACCAGGAGACCCUCCCCAGCACCUAGCCGCGGUGUGCCCUCCACGGCCACAGUUGGUGUAGGGGACGGCCCCCCUCAGGCUCCUUCUCCUCCGUUCUCUAGCGCCAGCACCUCCAAGCUCCAUAGGGCUAGGCUCGGAGGUGCUGGAGGGUGGAAUGGGCGACCCCCACCCGGGACGUCCACGGGUGGCGAGCAGGGUGUCCAGCCGAAUGGCCAUGUCAACCAAUUGGUCAAAAGAAAGCGUGGUAUCCCUGCACGCCAACUCUCUCUGGACGUCCUCCCGGAGGCUGCAGCGGAAGUGAUCUAUGAGAGCCCGCUCAUUCCACCCUGCAUCUGCCGCUAGAGUCCGGAACUCCAGAGCAAACUCCUGAGUGCUCCUCAUCCCCUGCCGGAGGUAGAAUAGACGCUCCCCCGCCGCCUUCCCCUCUGGUGGAUGGUCAAAAACUGCACGGAAGCGGCGGGAGAACUCCGCAUAGGUGAUAGUAGCGGCGUCUAUUCUCCUCCAUUCGGCGUUGGCCCACUCCAACGCCUUGCCGGUGAGACAGGAGAUGAGGGCGGAGACGCUCUCGUGUCCCGAGGGCGCCGGGUGUACGGUGGCGAGGUAGAGUUCAACUUGCAGCAGGAACCCUUGACACCCGGCAGCGGUGCCGUCGUACGCCCUCGGGAGCGAGAGCCGAAUCCCACUGGGUUCCGGAAGUUGGACAGGCGGACUGACUGAUGGUGUGGUAGGUGGGGUCGUGGGUACCCCGCUGGUCUCCCAUCGAUGGAGGGUGUUCAUAACUCUAUCCAGAGCGUGUCCGAUUUGAUUAAUCCUGUCCUCCUGUCCACGAAGACGCUCCUCGAUGAUUUCACUGGGUGCGGUUGCUCCUGCUGAUUCCAUUGAAUCGGUGUGUAAUUCUGUCAGGGUUGAGUGUAGAGGUAGUGUGGAAUCAGGCGCAGGACACACAGAGGUUUCGAACAGACGUCUUUAGUGAAGUCCAAAGAACAAGCCACACACGGCAACAGGCAACAGGCGAACUUUACGCAACACGGUAAAGUAAACACAAGGCGCACAAAGUGCGGAACUCUCUCUCAAAAUACAAAAUACAGAGGGAACUGAAAAACGGACUAGCACACAACGUGACAAUAAACAAUUACACACAACACCUGACCAAACUCAGAGAACUAAAUAGGACGCAUAAUGAACACUAAUGAGGAACAGGUGUAACAAAACAGACAAACCAAUCAAACAUAGGAACAUCGAACGGUGGCAGCUAGUACUCCGGAGACGACGACCGCCGAAGCCUGCCCGAACAAGGAGAAGGAGCAGCCUCGGCCGAAACCGUGACAGACAAAUACACAUUUAUUUUAUUUUAUUUUGAUAUUUAAUGAUGGCCUUUUGUUAAGGCUCAGAGAUGCUUUAUAAAAGGUUUUCAAUGUCAAACUAAAUAUACAUUUUCUACUGAAUAUGCUGUAUCUGGUUUGGUAUUUGCUGUUCUUGGAGAUAGUCUGCUUAUUGUCAUUAUCAGAGUCUGGUAAAUGUACUCUUAGAUAAUGCAUGUCAGAGAGCUCCUUUGGUAUGAGUGGAAAGUGUCAGUGACCCCUGUGAGGCUACCAAUUAUGUGGAUCACUCUGCAUUGCUUGUCUGAAUAUGUUCAGAAUUAUAGUAGAAACAGUAAUGCCCACAAACUGUGGUAACUGUACUGAGGAUGUGUCAGCAAUCAUGAGAUUAUCUCUCCGUUCUAUGCUGUCCUUGAAGAUGAAGUCUAUACUGUAGCUAAUUUACUGUAACCAUUUCAAAUGACAAUUGCCGGGAGAUUUGGUUAAUUUCUGCUAAUUUCACCCAUGGGCAUUUUGAGUUUCUAAGGAACUAUUGGUGGAGUGGAGUACACAUUUAAGGAGUUGUGAUCUCAUCAUAAUUCUGAAGCAGGCUGCCAUGUUGGCCUAAAUUGGCAUCAGAUAAGGAUAAUUAUUUCCAUGUGUUUCUGUCAAAGUGGGUUAUGUCUCCAUUUCAUUCAUUUGUAUAAAUACUGUCAACUCAUUUGAUUACAAAUCUAUUUCAGAUGGAGUGUCCCUCUUGAAUUCCAUGUUGACAUGAAUUUAUUUAUUUAUUUAACCUUUAUUUAACUAGGCAAGUCAGUUAAGAACAAAUUCUUAUUUACAAUGACGGCCUACACCGGCCAAACCCGGACGACGCUGGGCCAAUUGUGCGCCGCCCUAUGGAACUCCCAAUCACGGCCGGUUGUGAUACAGCCUGGAAUCGAACCAGGGGGUCUGUAGUGACGCCUCAAGCACUGAGAUGUAGUGCCUUAGACCACUGCGCCACUCAGGAAUGAAUACAGUACAAUAGAAAUGGUAUCAUACAGUUACAGUGGCCAGUGUUUAGCAAGAAUGUGUGACAGGUCCACAGAGUCAGUAUCAGAUCUAAUUAAACUGUUAUGGCUAUGGUUCAACCCAGCACUCAGAGAAACCAACACGACAAAGGGAGUGGAAGAAACAAAAAUGUUUUAAUAAAAGUUCAAAUUGUCUUAGUCCAAAAACAACUGGAGUAAAGGAACAGAGUGGGCUAGUCGGCUCCGGAGGAAGGAGAGGCUGAGGCAGGCAGGCAGGCAGGCAGGCAGGCAGGCAGGCAGACCGACAGGCAGGAAGGCAGGCAGGUUGGGAGGUAUGGCUGAACUGAAGACAAAACAAACGACAGGUUAAGGAGAGUGGAGAGCCAGGCUGAAGACAAAGACAAAAUAACUUUACUGGUGAGCCAAGUUACCGCUCUGGUAAGAACAACGAUCUGGCGCCGGUGGAGAGCCAUGCCCAGGAAUAAGUAGUGCAGGUUGAUGAGAGAAUAGGAUGCAGCUGCGUAGGCAGGAAUCACUGGAAACAACCCGCAGCUGCACAGGAGAGGCAGAUCCUGAGCACGCCCCCUGCUCCACUCCAGACACACCCACAUAAAGGGGACAAACACACAUACAACAGAAAAAGAGGGGACAAAACAAGGAGGAAGGGAAACAGAAAAGGGAGAGACAAGCUGCCCACAUAACAUAAACUCUUUAUCCUCACUCCUGCAGUUACCUCCUGUGAUUUUGAAUCGCCUUGCUCCUGGAGCUUCUCCAAUCACAGCAUCAGAUAUGAUUGGAGGGUCACAUCACCACAGCAACACAGAUCCAGCACACAGGCCAUGAGGCCGGUCAGCGACCAUUCGGAGGGGAGCUCUGAUGGUAAGGGCACAGUCACAAAUUGUGUUUUUCACUCACACUUUUAAUGUGCUACUUCUUUCAUCUCACUGAGAGCAUAUUGUAGUAUACUGUAUUCAGAGUCAUUAGAGAGAUGGUGACGUGUGUUGAGUGCUGGGAAAACAGCCAAGAGAGAAGGACACUUACGGUGUUUAACACUGUAAGUAGGUCUAUGUGCAGUUGGAAAAUGCAGUAUUUUCCCUAAUAAUUUUGAUAUUUUGUUUUUACUUCAGGGAAAUUAUUGUCUGUUUCCCUCCCUUUCUAGGUCACUUCCUGCUUUUGAGUCCCUCCGCUGCCUCCAGGGCAUCUAGGAAGUGUGAAUACCACAUCACUAGUCCAGUGGUCUACAAUAGUGGUCCACUGUGCCAUCUGCAGCUGGUCCGCUUUGAGUCAGGGCCCACCGCUGGAAACCUCUCAGUCUUAGUGAAACCAGUCGACUCAGCAUCUGUCAUCAGCACAGCAGCUCUCAGUGGCAGAGCCCAAGAUGGCACCAGGUCAGCAAGGCCUUAUGAUUAGAUUUUAUGCUCAUGUUUAGCCUCUUAUGUUUCAAUUUUACGCUUGUUCACUUGAACAUUCCACACAACUUCUCAACAAUCUCUAUUUUGUAUGCUUAGAGUAGUAGCAUUUGCUGGACUAGCUCUACACUGCAUCCAUGUGUAACUCACUUACGGUACUCUACAUUGUAUCUCGAGGAAGUUCUUAGUGGCGAACUCAGAAUUCCUACACCAAUCCACCUAAUACAGUAGUGAAAGAAAGGGGACAGCAUUGCAUUGAAACACUGCUAAUAACUAUAAGGUACUCAGUCUGUUGAUGGAUUGAAGUGGUUGUUUUAAGAAAGACAUGGAUCAAUCUGCUAUAAUGCACUGAAGUGUAGGUUCCUGGGACGCCUAGAGGGACUUGACAUACAAUAAGCUUUAAGUAUGGCAUGGAAAUACCACUACAUCCCUUGACAUGGAGAGAGAUCACCUUUGUGUAACUAUUGUUGGGCAAAUGUCCUUAAUAUUGAUCUAAUAUGUUGGGCACAGCCAUUCUGGGACCAGAUAAAAGCAUUUUGUUUCCAAAUGCAGACCCUGAAAAUGAAUUUGGACAUAAUUGGCCUGGACAGUAGCGUGGAGGGAAGGGCUGGUUAUAACCUGGCCUCUUUAUUUGGAGAGUAAUGGAGUGCUUGUUCAUUAUGAAAGAGGUUUUAACUCACAGACAGUAAGAUGGUGAGUACUGGGGAUGACAGGUCGCCUUAAUCGCCACUGGAAGCAAGACAUACUGUAUUAGCAGGGGUGGAAAUAUAGAAGAAACAGAUGGAAGUCAACAUGGUGGGAUCACUAAGCUUUCAGCUUGACAAGUCUUUUUUCUCACAGAAUGUACAGUACUGUAUGAUUUUCAGCACUCACCCACCGUAAUGUACAGAUACAUUUGUACCUAUUCGCUGAGGUAGUAAUAGAAGUGGGCUGUUAAGAGCAUCUCCUUUAAUGUUCUCGAAUAAAGGCGUACCUAUCAACAAAAAAAAAAUGUCAUUAGGGUUUAAACUUGGAUUUGAAAGGUGAUGUACACAUAUUCCAUUUAGCUCUCUUCUCAUAUCUUAGUCAAUCCACACUGCCUAAAUGGGUUUGGGGGUCUCCUCUCCUAACGUGAGCUAGCUAGUCUAUAAAUAUCCAUUGGUGUGGUGUUAUGCUCCUAGGUUCUCUGACAGGUCUCAGAUAAAGGGAUUAGAGAAUUACUGGAUUUCCAAAUGAAAGUGGUUUAAGGCAUUUACAUUACAUUUACGUCAUUUAGCAGACGCUCUUAUCCAGAGCGACUUACAAAUUGGUGCAUUCACCUUAUAGCCAGUGGGAUAACCACUUUACAAUAUGUUUUUUUAAAUGUUUUUAAAUGUUUUUAUUUAAGACGCUAUGCAGCAGGGGGAUCUCCUAGCUCCUGUGCUGUCGUUGAGCUCAGGGAACCUCACGUGGAUGGAUGGUUGUUGUAUGGAUGGUACUGCAGGAGCAAAGACAGCAUAAAGCCAAUCUGAACAGUGUACUGUAUGUUGUCAAGAAAGACUGGAAUGCAGACAGUUUGAAUGUAAUUUUAUUUGGGCAAAAGAUAUACAAAAAUAUGUACAAUGUGUUCCCAGAGGAUAGCCAGAGGAUAUCACAUUAUUGAUUAAAACACUUGUUUCUAAAGUGGUCUUUGAUGGUAAAAGACAAGACAAAAUUACAAACAAACACAUUAAAUUCAUACUGACAUCCCAAAAAGUGGCACUAUAGAUUGCACUUAAAAAUAGUUGAAUGAGCAGAUGUUGAGAUGAUGGACAUAAUAUGUUAUGUUAUGCUGACUUCAGUUGAGAGGGAAAUGUAUAAACCUGAAUGUAAAAUGUAGUAAUAUAAACUUUAAGUAGAAUAUAAACUGUAGUAUAAUGGUUGCGUGGGUAUGAAGAUGCAACUCACUUCUCCCAUAAAAGUAAAGUUGUUUAUCCACUUACUGCCCAUUUAAUUUCUACAGAUGACCAGAGACUGUUUGUUACAUAGACAAGGCUGCUUAGAUACUUAUUUGAACCGAAAGUCCUUUCAAGAUUUUGCCACCUAGACACACGCGCACAUACACACACACAAACAAACACACGCUAUGUGCUUCUAUCCUCGUGGGGACCUAAAAUGCAUUUCCAUUCAAAAUCCAAUUUUCCCUAAACCUAACCCUUACCCUAAGCUUAAACUUAACCUUCUAACCUUGACCCCUAACCCCUAAACCUAACUCCUAACCCUAACCACUAACCCCUUACCCUUACCCUAAUUCUAACCCUAAACCUAACCCCUAAGUUUAAAAUAGCCUUUGUCCUCAUGAGGAUGUGAGAAAUGUCCCCACGAGGGAGAAUUUUCCUUGUUUUACUAUCCUUGUGGGGACUUUUGGGGAUUUUAGGUCCCCACAAGCAUAGAAGAGCCAACCCACACGCACACAUGCACAGUUAACCCUCUGUUUGCUUGGAGCAGGGACCAGUGGGAGGUGCUGGAGGCGGUGAUUGGAGAGGUGGAUGAGCCCUUCCAGGUGACCCUGCUCUACUCCACUUGCCUGGGGAAGGAUAGGGGCUCUCUGGCCCUCGACUCCCUGGAGCUCAUAGACUGUGACAUGGGUAAAUUCUGAAUUACAUCUCCAAACAUCAAUAGAAACAUAAAAAUGCUAUGAUAUUUUUCCGUAAACUAAUUCGUAAACUAAUCUGGAAACUAAAUGUGAACUCUUUCUUGUUCCAGGUCACCAUGAAUUACAGCUGGGCACAGACUGUGACGAGAUCACUUCUUUCCACUGUGACCUGGGAGGCUGCAUUGACAAGACUAGAGUAUGUGACUUCCACAGUGACUGCCCCCUAGGGGAGGAUGAGGGAUUUAUCUGUGGUGAGUCUAAGGCCUUAAAGGGAUACUGCGAGAUUCUGGCAAUUAAGCAGUUUUUCUACUUACCCAGAGUCAGAUGAAAAGUAGAAGAACGGCUUGAUUGGCAGAAUCUCGCAGUAUCCCUAAGAGCAGCUUCAACAGUGCAACAACGUUACAUGACAUUACUGAGGGUGAAUUCAGGGUCCAGAGUUUUCAUGGUCAUCAUGGGGCUAGGUACAAUUCUGGGCCCUAUGUAUGUGUACCUUGCAUCUGAUCUUUCCAAGAAAGAUGUUGUCGAAUAUGUUUAUAUCUCUUAUCUAAACUUCAUUGGAAAUUGGAAUAAGUUGUGUAAUAUUCUGACAUUUCAAAUAGGCCUUCACCAUAAUUCAUUGUCAGCUUUGAUUAUUUAUUUUCUACCUCACCAACACAAUCUUUUUUCAAAGUAAAUCUUAUAACGUAGGAUCAGAUUAUGUUUGAAAUAACUAAGCCUAAAGGAAAAAGAGUUUCAGCAUUUUAAAUCACUUUGUUUUUAGUUGGGUAUUCUCAUUGGAAUAAAUUAAUGCAAUUAGAAGUGAGAAGAGUGAUGUGACAAGCCACAAAGACAGAGUGUGGUACCCCUGGCAGGGUGCAUGCCAUUUGCAUUAACUGUAUUAAAGUUUAAGGCCAUGAUGAAUUGUUAAUCCUUUCACUGGAGGCAGUGGAUUAGCCAACAGUAAGUGCUCUCCUUCUCUUUACUGUGUUUCUCAGUCAGUUCCUUAUCCUAAGAGCUAACUGUAACAACCACUAGGUGGGCAUUGCAUUUAGAGACAGAAAUGUGCCAAAAGAGUCCUUCCACUAAGGCUAAUAUUUUUCUUUGGACCAUUCUCUGUGGGUUUAAUAAAUGUACUGUUUCUCCAAGACACCACUUGGAACUGAAAUACCAUUAUUCAGCUGGCAUUUGAAUGUAAAUGCUCUUUUAAACGGCAGCUUUGUGAAAUGAUACAAAGGGAAUUGAUUAGUUAGUGACAACAUAAAGGUAGCAAUCAAUGCUUGCAGCCCUUGCAUCAAUGCUCACAUCAACACCAUUAGUCAUAAAAGCCAUCUUAACACUCAAUCAAAAAUACAUUCAAUGUAAAGAAUGGUUCACACAUGGAGAAUACAACUUGUACCUCCACUAGGUAAUUAAGAGGCUAUUCUCAUUGACAAACAUUUAAGGAGAGGCAGCGUGACAAGAUUUCAAUUGACAUAAUAUGUACAUCAGUGGAGGCUGCUGAGCGGAGGACAGCUCAUAAUAAUGCCUGGAAUGGAGUAUAUGGAAUGGUAUCAAACAUGUUGUUUCCAUGUGGUUUAUACUAUUCCAUUGACUCCAUUCCAGCCAUUACUAUGAGCCGUCCUCCCCUCAGCAGCCUCCACUGAUAUACAUAAACUUUUCAGUUAACAUUACAGCCUUGACUUACCUUUCGUUGUGGCUGGCAAUGUGACAUUCUUGCUCUGCAGCUCCAAAUUUACUGUAAAUGUUAGUGUCACAGUAGCCACUGGCACUGACUAGCCAGUAAGCUUGCAAGCUAUUCAACAAUGCAAGCAACUUUUCCUCUAAAACAUAUUAGCUAGGUACAUUCUUGAAUAAUGCAACUAAACCAUAUUACACUCUUGAAUAAUGCAACAAUUCACAAGCACGUGCACACAAUUAAAGGGUUUAUUUUCUCGUUCGUACACGCAUUAGCUAAAUGUAGCUUGCAAGACAAUAAAACAGCUAGCUAUCAAUGCUAGCUAGUAACGUUAGCAUAUCAAACAUGAACGUUUACCCCUCUCAUACAAACUGGUUGAAUCACCAUUGUUUCAACGUCAUUUGUCAACGUAUUGUGACGUUGAAUCUACGUGGAAAAUACAUUGGAUUUGAAAAAAGACGUCAACGUAAACUGUUUUGAGGGUGAAAUUUCAACCACAGGAUUAUGUCAUCAUGAUAACCAAAUGUAAACAUAGAAAAACCUUGUAUAAAAUAUGUUUCAUUUGUACCUUUAAAACAAUGUCAGAUCUUCAACGUAAUAUCCACUAUCAGAAAAAAACAAUAGGCUGGGCAGCACCUCCCACUGGAGAAUGUAUCUAUCUAAAGCUACCCUUUGGUCUCCCAUCCAGGGUUUUAACCAAGCCCAGCCCUGCUUAGCUAUGAUAUUUGUCACUGACUAUUACCAACGUGCAAAUUAAAUGUGACCAUACUUUAUCACAUACAGUGCCUUUGGAAAGAAUUCAGACCCCUUGACUUUUUACACACUUUGUUAUGUUAUAGCCUUUUUCUCAAAUGGAUUAAAUAAAUAAAAAUCCUCAGCAAUCUACACACAAUACCCCAUAACGACAGAGCAAAAACAGGUUUUUAGAAAUUUUUGCAAAUGUAUUAAAAAUAAAAAACUGAAAUACCUUAUUUACAUAAGUAUUCAGACCCUUUGCUAUGAAACUCGAAAUUGAGCUCAGAUGCAUCCUGUUUCCAUUGAUCAUCCUUGAGAUGUUUCUGCAACUUGAUUGCAGUCCAACCUUUGGUAAAUUCAAUUGAUUGGACAUGAUUUGGAAAGGAGCACACCUGUCUAUAUAAAGUCCCACAGUUGACAGUGCAUGUCAGAGCAAAAAACAAGCCAUGAGUUCGAAGGAAUUGUCCGUAGAGCUCCGAGACAGGAUUGUGUCGAGGCACAGAUCUGGGGAAGGGUACCAAAACAUUUCUGCAGCAUUGAAGGUCCCCAAGAACACAGUGGUCUCCAUCAUUCUUAAAUGGAAGAAGUUUGGAACCACCAAGAUUCUUCCUAGAGCUGGCCGCCCAGACAAACUGAGCAAUUGGGGGAGAAGGCCCUUGGUCAGGGAGAUGACAAAGAACCCGAUGGUCACUCUGACAGAGCUCUAGAGUUCCUCUGUGGAGAUGGGAGAACCUUUCAGAAGGACAACCAUCUCUACAGCACUCCACCAAUCAGGCCUUUAUGGUAGAGUGGCCAGAAGGAAGCCACUCCUUAGUAAAAGGCACAUGACAGCACGCUUGGAGUUUUCCAAAAGGCACCUAAAGACUCUCAGACCAUGAGAAACAAGAUUCUCUGGUCUGAUGAAACCAAGAUUGAACUCUUUGGCCUGAAUGCCAAGCGCCACGUCUGGAGGAAACCUGGCACCAUCCCUACGGUGAAGCGUGGUGGUGGCAGCAUCAUGCUGUGGGGAUGUUUUUCAGCGGCAGGGACUGGGAGAGUAGUCAGGAUCGAGGGAAAGAUGAACGGAGCAAAGUACAGAGAGAUCCUUGAUGAAAAUGGGCUACAGAAUGCUCAGGACCUCAGACUGGGGCGAAGGUUCACCUUCCAACAGGACAAUGACCCUAAACACACAGCCAAGACAACACAGGAGUGGCUUCGGGACUAGUCUCUGAAUGUCCUUGAGUGGCCCAGCCAGAGACCGGACUUGAACCCGAUCGAACAUCUCUGGAGAGACCUGAAAAUAGCUGUGCAGCAACGCUCCCCAUCCAACCUGAGCGAGCUUGAGAGGAUCUACAGAGAAGAAUGGGAGAAACUCCCCAAAUACAGAUGUGCCAAGCUUGUAGCAUCAUACCCAAGAAGACUCGAUGCUGUAAUCGCUGCCAAAUGUGCUUCAACAAAGUACUGAGUAAAGGGUCUGAAUACUUAUGUAAAUGUGAUUUUUCCGUUUUUUGCUUUCUCAUUAUGGGGUAUUGUGUGUAGAUUGAUGAGGGAAAAAAACAAUUUCAUCAAUUUUAGAAUUUUCGAAUUUUCGAGAAGCUUUAAUUUGUAUAAGCUGUAUCUGAAUGUAUAAGUGUAUAGGGCACUGAAUGAGUCAGUGAAGCGAGUAUGUUUUGGUCCACUGUGUCCCCAUGCAGACACUCUGCCCUAUGGAGCCCACUGUUCCUUUGAGCCUGGGUCCUGUGGCUGGUCAACGUCCAAUGAGCUGUCCUCUUGGAGGAGAGUCAGUGGGGAGGAACUGGGACACAGUAAAGACGUGCUGGGGACAGCUCUGCAAAACACACAAGGUAAAUGGUGCAAAACACACCAGGUCACUCAAAGGUAACCAGGCCUAAAAUUGCUGGCUAACACUUUAUUUGAAGGGGGUAUACAUGGCACCUUUAUCAUAUUAGACAUAAAUAGAGAUUGGGUAUUGCAUUGUGCUGUAUAAAAUAUCAAUUUUACACUAGACUGGUCCUCAUCCUGUAAAUUGGGUAUUGUUUUUUACUCAGUCACUAAACACUGAUGGACAUACAGUGUACUGAAAAUUCAGUUCACUGUUCAAUCUUGCAACCUUUUUGUCAUAUGAGCAAUAUAGUAUAAGCACCUUUUGCACCCAAUAGGCAAUUGACCAGGAGUUGUAAAUGGAGAUAUGAUGGUAUCCUACAGCUCUAGGGUUAGAUGUGUCCUCUGAGAAUUGGUUUUCAAGUGCUGCUGAGUCUCGUCCAUCAGGUGCUUGAGCUAAGAGAGGGGAACUAUGAGAAGACUGUAUAGGAAAAUAUGAUCCUUCAGGUUUCUUUCCAUGUUUCUCAUAUUACACAGAGACUGGAAAUCCAUGUUUUUUUUAUGACUCCAAUGGAUUUUUAUUUAGAUUCAAGUUAUCAAAACAUUGGGGAAUUUAAUGGCUUAGUACAGUAUUUCCCAAACUCGAUCCUGGGGACCCCAAGGGGUGCACGUUUAGAUUUUUGCCCGUAGCACUACAUAGCUGAUAAAUAACCAACUCAUCAUUAAGCUUUGAUUAUUUAAAUCAGCUGUCUAGUGCUAGGGCAAAAACCAAAACUUGCACCCAUUGGGGUCCCCAGAACCGAGUUUGGCAAACACUGGCUUAGUCGGAGAAAUUCCUUAUGGCCCUGAAACUCAACUCUGGACCUCGAAGCCAGUUCCACUGCCUUUCCCCUCUAAUCAGGGAAUGAUUUAGACCUGGUACACCAGGUGGUUGCAAUCAAUUAUUAGGAAGAACAGAAAACCAGCAGGCUCCAGACCUCGUAGGGUCAGAGUUGAAUACUCCUGCCCUAUGGGUUUAUCACUGAAUAUAUUUGAAUUAUAUCCUUUGGAAAGUUUGUAGAUGAUUUACAAUCAGUUAUAAUACUUGAUCAUUAUCUAGCCCAGCAUGAUGUGGUGUGAGGUAAAGCGUGCCCUGUUUCUGCUAAAUUGAUUUCCUUUCAUUGACUUCUGCAUUUCAGUUUAGAGCUCCAAUUGGUUUCAUUCCAAAUUGACAAGCACUGCACCAAGGCAAUAUAUAUAGUUUUGCAGAUGAGCACUGAAAGGCUGUUCUCUUCAGAGCUCUAUCAGUAAUACCCUUUUGAGUGGUGCAAUAUGUCAGUGUCCACUCCCCUCAGUGUUGCGGUUAUUGUCCCCCCCAGGGCACUUCCUGUUCCUGGCGGUGAGAGGGAACAGUUCCAGUAUUAAAGCGUCUGUCCGAAGUUCCUCCUUCCCCCAACCGGUCUCUACCACAGCCUGUCAGGUGAGAAAAAUAGACCUAUCUUUCCACCAAUGGCUUCCUUACAAUCUCCCCUACUUACUACAUGCUCACUGAUGACUCACUGAUGAGUUCUAGACAUCCUCAUUAAGGACGUUUUAGAAACACCCUCAAAGAUGCCAGAAUCUCACAACCAUAGCCAAGUCUUACAUUUUUUUUGGUAAUUAGUCAGCGGCUCUAUCAUAACAAAGAGCAGUCCUCUAGUACUACACACAGAAUAUUAAUCUUCAUACAGUUAAGCCAUGUUCAAGUCUUCAAACAGUAUGUCAUGAAAUUCACUGUAACGUCUGUUCUUGAUGUCGCUGUCUGCAGUUGCAUUUCUCCCUGUAUCUCUAUGGGGAGUUUAAUGGCACCGUGCUGCUGUCACUAGAGGAUAACGGUACUGUUGCAUCCCCGUUGGUGUGGGAGAGGUCUGGACAGUGGAAAGACAACUGGCAGGACAUCACUCUGCAGCUACCUGCCCUCCUCAAUGGGUACAGUGCCAUAAUGUACUGCUAAAUUACUGACCAGAGGUGUCAAACAUACAGCACAUAAAAGCUCAAAGUUAGUUUCUUGAGUGAUUGUAGUUCAUUGAUAAAUGAUGACUGUGUUAGUUAGUACAAAAAUAGUUUUUUGUAGUAACUAAGAAAUGCAUAGACUGAUAUGUGAAAGAAUUUAAGGUAUUUUUUGGUACUUAAACUAAUAUGAAAAUAAUACCAUACUGUGUUUCCCUCCAUUCAUGGUGAUGUGUGUUCUCCCAGGUUCCACCUCAAGGUGAAGGCUCUGUGGGGACCAGGCUCCAAUGCUGACAUCGCCCUAGAUGACAUUGCCCUGGGGGCAGCAUGCUUUGACACAGGUAGCCCUCCAUGUAACACAAUCUGUACACAACACAAAGCCAGCUCUCAAUGUAGAUACUGUAGCAUACUGUAUGUAUGGCUAGAGUACAGUGGGCAACCAUUUGGAGGGCUCCUAGCACGUCAUUGAAUAAUCUCUCAAACGAACAGCAAUUGAGUAAAACUUCCAUGGGGCGGCGCGCACAAUUGGCCCAGCGUCGUCCAGGGUAGGGGAGGGAAUGGCCGGCAGGGGAUGUAGCUCAGUUGGUAGAGCAUGGCGUUUGCAACGCCAGGGUUGUGGGUUCGAUAAAAUAAUGUAUGCACUAACUGUAAGUCGCUCUGGAUAAGAGCGUCUGCUAAAUGACUUAAAUGUAAAAUGUAAAUGUAAAUGUCUUAAGAUUACAUUUACUGAUUGAGAGGGGCCUCUUUCAUAAAGAUAGAGCUAAUAAGAUUCCUUAACCCAUUACAGUCUAAGCCCUGUCUAAGCCGGGGGAGGGGGGAGGGGGUUCUACUAAGUUAUAUGGAAUUGUUUUAAGAAGGUCAUACCAGCCUCCCGAAUGGCGCAGCAGUCUAAGGCACUGCAGCGCAGUGCUAGAGGCGUCACUACAGACCCUGAUUCGAUUCCAUGCUGUAUCAUAAUCCAGCUGUGAUUGGGAGUCCUAAAGGGCGGUGCACAAUUGUCCCAGCGUCGUCCGGGUUUGGCCGGGGUAGGCCGUCAUUGUAAAUAAGAAUUUGUUCUUAACUGACUUGCCUAGUUAAAUAAAGGUUAAAAGAAAAUACAGAAGAAUGAUGCACACAGAUGCGACGGCUAACCACUGUUUCCAACGCAGCUGGAGAUCUCCCCUGGAGGCCCGAUGAUCCACACACUGCCUGAUUGCUUCUGAAAGAGGGAAACCGACAUAGAAUGCUUCUCCCCUGGGAUUCGAAUCUGCAAUCCGACAAUAAAAUGUUACGCCAACAAUGGGUUCCAGUGUCAUAUACGUUAUUGUCACGCUCGAGGACACAUCUUCUUCGCUCCAUCGAUUCUUCUCUACCAUGAAGCUCUUUGGUCAGAACUCUGGAGAAGUCUGCCAAUAUUCGUUUUAUUUGAUAGGCAUUGCAAAUGCGGUUAGGUAAAUGUUGGGAGGGAGGCAGGGGGCUUGCAGAGUCUCGUGCAAGGCAAAUGGUUCUGUGGCUGCGGGUUGGCUGUGGGUUGGCAACGCCAGACAGGCACCAGUUGGGCGUGAUAUGAUCGGCACACAGAUUUAUCGUCCCUAUUACGUUUUACUGUAGCACAUCUCCAGACCCUCCAGAAUUCCACAGCUAAUUGCAGCUCCUAAGUCAUAACCUCCCUUAUCAUGUCUCCUGCUAAGACUUAAACAAUGUCCUCCCUCGCAAUUAUUACUUAUCUCCUGAAGCCCUUUGUCUUUCUCUACUUUCUCCAUAAGUCUGUCUUUCUUUCUCCAUCUCCUCAACCCAUGAACUUCCUGCAGCUCAUCCCUUUUUAUCUACUCAACUGGAACUUAUCCUGCCCUCACAAAAACACAUCUACGCUCUAAAUCCUAUCUCUGUCUCCGUCUUUGAAGAAACCAUUAUUAAUAGAAGACGUAUGAAAGAGAAUGUUUUUCAGGUCCGUCUGUAGACUGUAGAGAUGAAUGUGUCUGUCUCCCUCCUCUCAGAUCUCAACUCCCUGCUGCUCGGACACAGAUUCUUCCACGAAAUGGACUCCAUCAGUAAACUGGAUUUCUUCAGCCCCCUCCCAGAGCCCUCUGCCUCAGGUACACUACCAGCUGUUCUAAUGGAAUAUAUUUUGCAUUUCUAAGACCAAUGUCCUUUGCAGUUUGAUUUUCACAGGGCUUUUCCCCUCCAUUUUGCAUAAUACACCAGGUGCAUCCAUUAAAGUAAUUUCCUUUGAUUUCCUCAGCAGCUGCUCCACUAUAUGUACAGUGGGGGAAAAAAGUAUUUAGUCAGCCACCAAUUGUGCAAGUUCUCCCACUUAAAAAGAUGAGAGAGGCCUGUAAUUUUCAUCAUAGGUACAUGUCAACUAUGACAGACAAAUUGAGGACAAAAAAUCCAGAAAAUCACAUUGUAGGAUUUUUAAUGAAUUUAUUUGCCAAUUAUGGUGGAAAAUAAGUAUUUGGUCACCUACAAACAAGCAAGAUUUCUGGCUCUCACAGACCUGUAACUUCUUAUUUAAGAGGCUCCUCUGUCCUCCACUCAUUACCUGUAUUAAUGGCACCUGUUUGAACUUGUUAUCAGUAUAAAAGACACCUGUCCACAACCUCAAACAGUCACACUCCAAACUCCACUAUGGCCAAGACCAAAGAGCUGUCAAAGGACACCAGAAACAAAAUUGUAGACCUGCACCAGGCUGGGAAGACUGAAUCUGCAAUAGGUAAGCAGCUUGGUUUGAAGAAAUCAACUGUGAGAGCAAUUAUUAGGAAAUGGAAGACAUACAAGACCACUGAUAAUCUCCCUCGAUCUGGGGCUCCACGCAAGAUCUCACCCCGUGGGGUCAAAAUGAUCACAAGAACGGUGAGCAAAAAUCCCAGAACCACACGGGGGGACCUAGUGAAUGACCUGCAGAGAGCUGGGACCAAAGUAACAAAGCCUACCAUCAGUAACACACUACGCCGCCAGGGACUCAAAUCCUGCAGUGCCAGACGUGUCCCCCUGCUUAUGCCAGUACAUGUCCAGGCCCGUCUGAAGUUUGCUAGAGUGCAUUUGGAUGAUCCAGAAGAGGAUUGGGAGAAUGUCAUAUGGUCAGAUGAAACCAAAAUAGAACUUUUUGGUAAAAACUCAACUCGUCGUGUUUGGAGGACAAAGAAUGCUGAGUUGCAUCCAAAGAACACCAUACCUACUGUGAAGCAUGGGGGUGGACACAUCAUGCUUUGGGGCUGUUUUUCUGCAAAGGGACCAGGACGACUGAUCCGUGUAAAGGAAAGAAUGAAUGGGGCCAUGUAUCGUGAGAUUUUGAGUGAAAACCUCCUUCCAUCAGCAAGGGCAUUAAAGAUGAAACGUGGCUGGGUCUUUCAGCAUGACAAUGAUCCCAAACACACCGCACGGGCAACGGAGUGGCUUCGUAAGAAACAUUUCAAGGUCCUGGAGUGGCCUAGCCAGUCUCCAGAUUUCAACCCCAUAGAAAAUCUUUGGAGGGAGUUGAAAGACCGUGUUGCCCAGCGACAGCCCCAAAACAUCACUGCUCUAGAGGAGAUCUGCAUGGAGGAAUGGGCCAAAAUACCAGCAACAGUGUGUGAAAACCUUGUGAAGACUUACAGAAAACGUUUGACCUAUGUCAUUGCCAACAAAGGGUAUAUAACAAAGUAUUGAGAAACUUUUGUUAUUGACCAAAUACUUAUUUUCCACCAUAAUUUGCAAAUAAAUUCAUAAAAAAUCCUACAAUGUGAUUUUCUGAUUUUGUUUUCCUCAUUUUGUCUGUCAUAGUUGACGUGUACCUAUGAUGAAAAUUACAGGCCUCUCUCAUCUUUUUAAGUGGGAGAACUUGCACAAUUGGUGGCUGACUAAAUACUUUUUUCCCCCACUGUAUGUCUGUAUCCUUUCCAUGCAACACAGGGAGUUUGUUUGUUGACUGACAUGUGGCUCAUGUGUCUGUCUCCUCUCCUCAGAGGUGACCCUGAUGACCUGGUGGUUCACAUCCUGUGGGGCCAGUGGCCCCCAGGGCCCCACCCAGGCCCAGUGUGACAGCGCAUACCGCAACACCAAUGUCAGUGUCACCGUGGGCAAGGAGGGCCCGUUCAAAGGAGUGCAGACCUGGAGGGUACCAGCCACCAACAGAUACAUGUGGGUGCACAUUUUGCUAUGUUCUUCUAAUCUUGUAGAAAUAUGAAAGCCACAGAGAACAACUGUUUUGCAAUCGGAACACUCUUGCACUAGACUAAACCAUAUGGUAAAGAUGCUUGAAACAAGCCCCCUGACCAAUGAUUGCAUCUGUACGUCACGACUGACAGCUGGCAGGAAGCAGCCGCCUAACCUGAGAAAUCAGUCAACUGAAUAAAUACAGGUUAAAUACUACCCUGUAUCACCUUCAUGUCACGUAUCUGCUAGACCUAUAGAAUAUAGGCAAGUCUCUGGAGUGCCAAGAUUGAUUUCCACAUCAUCCAGGUUAGGGGAGGGGGAGUCUGAUAUGGGUUCAGACCCUGCCUGGGCUGUGUGUGUGUGUGUGUGUGUGUGUGUGUGUGUGUGUGUGUGUGUGUGUGUGUAAGUAAGUAAGACUGAGGCAGAGUGAGAAGCGUGACUCACCGGCUGGAGGCAUAGAUUAGUCUAUCUGUGCUCACUGCUCACUCUCUCUCCAUAAUCUGGCCCCUGCCAAGGCAAGGCUUUGAACUCAUUUAUUGUAGUUGCUGGUCUAGUCAUGGGGCCUCAUUACAAUGAGCUCCACAACACUAGAUGUUAAAAGGGGUAAAGAAAGACAAGAAGUGGGUAUCAGGGAGCUUCUCUGCUCUUCUUUGUUAGCAUUGGUAUGUUGUUGUCGGGGGGCUCAGCUGAGCUCUGAUUACAGUAAAACUACAGAAUAUUUACCAUGAUUUCAUCUGAUGAUACAAGCUGAUGAUACAAGUCUCAGGCAAAGCCUUGGUAUUGCCAGUGUUACAGUAUGAUUUGAAGAGCUGCAAAUCUUCUGAUGCACUAUAGAGACCAAACCAACAUGGCUUUUUUGCAUCCUUUCUGCAAUGCUCACUCGUAAUUAAUUGAGUAGCCACUGUUAUAAGGUCACCUAAGCACCAAACAUGACCUUCAGUGGUCUUAUCACAUGUUUAAUGUGCCCUCCUCAGGAUCUCAGCCUAUGGAGCUGCAGGUGGCAAAGGAGCAAAGAACCACAACAAGCGUUCCCACGGGGUCUUCAUCUCAGCCAUCUUCCCUCUGGAGAAGGGAGACAUCCUGUAUAUACUGGUGGGACAUCAGGGGGAGGAUGCCUGUCCAGGGGUAAGUGUUAGAGGGGAGAGUUAGGCUAUCUCAGGUGACAUUAUGGGUGGAUAACCUGCUGUUCAAAGUGUUUAGUUUUCUUUCAAUGUUUGAUUACUUCCUGGUACUUCGGGUACCAUCCAGAGAGUAUUUCCCUCCUGAUGGUAUGAAAAUAUAAUUUCAGACUGGCAGCCAUUCUCUCUCGCUCUGAUCUGACCAUAUCCAAUUGUUCUCUGUAGAGAAAUCCCCUGACACAGAAGAUCUGCCUGGGGGAAUCCUCAGUGAUAGAAGAUGCGUUCACUGGUGAGGAUUGGGCAGGAGGUGGAGGGGGUGGCGGAGGAGCCACCUAUAUCUACAAGGUAAGAGUCCCUAAUAAGAGUCCCUCCUCUCAACCUAACUUCAUUCAACUAUUUUCUGCUUUUAUCUCAUGAUGGUGUCCGUCGGAAGCAGAUGUAGCUGCUAGAUAUGAGCCGAUUGAUAAGCUUCAAAAAAGUUCUGAAUGCAUUCUAAAAGAUAAUUUAUCAUGGUCUUUAUCUACAGAUGUAGUGUUACAAGCAGUAGAGGUCAGAGGUUAUGUUAAUAGUUUUUUAUCACAAGAGCCCUUUAACCUAGGAGUUGUAUCUCUUUGUAACGCUGGACUGGCCCCUAAGUGGACUAUGGACCAUGGCAGAGGGUAGAGUGGUACUCUAAAAGCUGUUACUGUGUUUGAUUGUGACCCCUGCCAGAUGGAGGGUGGAGUACUGGUGCCUCUACUUAUAGCAGCUGGUGGUGGAGGUAAAGCCUACCUGGAGGACCCAGAGAGCAGCUUGGACCAGAUCCCUCUGGAGCAGUACGAGAAUGACACGGUGGCCACCAGCUCCAACGGCAAGACUGGAGCAGCAGGUUGGUAGGGUUGCCUUUACAUCAUCACCUCCAUGUGUCCCUUCGCCCUGAUUUUCUUCACAGAGCUAACUAUCUGCUCCCUGAAAACAUAUGGCUUUCAUUCCUCUGACUGCUAAAGCUCCUACUUGAGUGUCUUCAGGAGAAAGGACAGGAGUGUGUCAGAGAAAGGGCAGGAGUGCAGGUGUUGGUAUCAAGAAGCUGGAACAUUCCCAGUAAAUCUUGUUUGACCAGCAGGGUGUUAUGGAACAAUUAUCGACACAUCUUAUGCAAACAUCGAUGGAAGUGUUUAGAGAGUGUGAUGGCUAAAUGAGGUGUUUGUGUGUGUGUGUGUGUGUGUGUGUGUGUGUGUGUGUGUGUGUGUGUAUGUGUGUGUGUGUGUGUGUGUGUGUGUGUAUGUUGCAGGGGGAGGUGGAGGCUGGAAGGACUCCUCCAGCUACUUGUGGUCAGGGAAGUCUCUCCUGGAGGGGGCCGAGGGGGGUUCCUCCUGCCCCCAAGCCUUAUCCAAACUGUCCUGGGCCACCUUCGGGGGGUUCGGAGGGGGAGGGGGAGCCUGCACUGCUGGAGGAGGAGGAGGCGGAUACAGAGGUAAGCUCACACACAUAUAUUAAAAUAAUAAUAAUUAUUAUUAUUGCUUUCCUAUGUGCUGUACUAUACUGUUAGGGGUGUUAUUAUAGGAUUUAAGAUCCUCCCUCUGUAGCCUCCAGCUCUUAUCUAGCUGUGAUGAAUCUGACAAGAUAUUUAUGCUGGAGAAUUUACUUUGGCCCCAAGGAAAGGGGCAGGCUGAUAACAUUCACUGCUUUUCUGUCUUUAUCUAGUAUGAUUUACUAGUUGUGGAUCAUGAAAGACCCUGCUCCCUGUUCUGGCUCGGGAAGAAAGUUCUACUUAAUUGAUUGAUAAGAUUGGAGUUCCAUUUGGCUCCUCUGCAAAACAUGACUGAGAGGAGAUGGGUUGUUCCGUCAAAAGAGUAACUUUGAUAUUUUAAGUAGAAGUUGUGCACCAAUAUUGAAUUUUAAAAGCCUGUUAUAUUAAAUGAGUUGCCAUUUAAUAUAGACCACAUAGAGAAUUAAAUAAAUCAGAUUUUUUGUUUGAAUAAAGACUUGCUAAAGGACCAAAAUUAAACAUUUUGACAUGUCCUUCUGUCAACCCUGUUUCACCCAUUAUGGAAAAACCACAUGAUUUCACAUGUGAAAUUUCCACAUUUGGCCUGUGUGAAAUCAUGUAAAACCAUGUGUUUUUGGAACACUUCACGUGAUGAUAUUUCACAUGAAGUUUCACAUGUGGAUUUUCACGUGAUCACAUAACCUUUAUAUUUUUCACAUGAGAUUUCACAGGUGAUGCCCUGCAAACAAAAAUGAGUAGUUAGGAUAGACACACAAGCUGUAUCUUUUAACAUAGUGUUUUCAACUUACCUACUUGACACACUUUGACAUACAUGAUUACAUUGUGUAUGUUUAUUUAAACAGAAUAAUAUGCCCCACCAACAUUAGACAACUAUACAGAAAACCCCUAAAAUUUCACCAUAUCGGGUGAACUGUUUAGAAAUUACAGCACUUUUUGUACAUAGUUCCCCCCGAUUUUAGGGGACCAAAAGUAUUGGGACAAAUUCACUUACGUGUUUAUUUAAGUAGUAAAAAGUGAAGUAUUUGGUCCCAUAAUCAUAGCACGCAAUGACUACAUCAAGCUUGUGACUCUACACAUUUGUUGGAUGCAUUUGCUGUUUGUUUUGGUUGUGUUUCAGAUUAUUUUGUGCCCAAUAGAAAUUAAUGGUAAAUAAUGUAUUGGGUCAUUUUGGAGUCACUUUUAUUGUAAAUAAGAAUAUAAUAUGUUUCUAAACACUUCUACGUUAAUGUGGAUGCUACCAUGAUUGCGGAUAAUCCUGAAUGAAUCGUGAAUAAUGAUGAGUGAGAAAGUACCCCGCAAAAAUGCUAACCUCCCUUGUUAUUGUAAUGGUGGGAGGUUAGCAUGUCUUGGGGGUAUGAUAUUUGUGCAUCUUCAUUCAGGAUUAUCCGUAAUGCUAAGUGCAGAGAUGUAUUAUAAGUAAUGAAUGUGUAGAGGAAUGCUACAGACUUUGCGGCGCAGCAGAAAAAUCAGUGUACCCCGAAUCCAGAGGUUGUGAGUUCAAAUCCCAGGUGGGGUGAUAUUGAAACGUCAGUACUAAGUGAUCAUGUCAAAUAUUGUCAUUGAUUUUUUUUUUAAGUACACUAUUUUAGCUGUACAGCAUACCACUUACUUUAAAACCCCCAUAUAAUUUCAUUCCCUACAACAACAAAAACACGUGAAAUUUAACCUAACACAUCUCUUGUUUCAACAUGUGAAAACAGCAAUUUCACAUGCGGAAAUGCGAUUUCACGUGUUGAGCUGAAAUGUUCUCAUGUAAAAAAAAAGAGACGUGUCAGGUCAGUUCAUAUGUGGAACCAUAUGUUCACAUGUAUUACAUUUAGAGUUCACAUAUUAACACCACCUUUUCACAUGUGAGGAGAAUAACAUGUUUUCACCUCACAUGUAAAUUGCAGAAAAUCUAACUCUCACAUGUGGAAUUGUAUUUUCACAUGUGCAAAACUUUUUGAAAUGUUGUAUUCCUGUUGUCACAUUUAUUUCACAUGAGAUCAUGGGUUCACAUGCAAAAAUUUGUAGUUUCAUGUUAUCACAUGUUGCUUUUACAGUGAGGGGAAAAAAGUAUUUGAUCCCCUGCUGAUUUUGUACAUUUGCCCACUGACAAAGAAAUGAUCAGUCUAUAAUUUUAAUGGUAGGUUUAUUUGAACAGUGAGAGACAGAAUAACAACAAAAAAAUCCAGAAAAACGCAUGUAAAAAAUAUUAUAAAUUGAUUUGCAUUUUAAAGAGGGAAAUAAGUAUUUGACCCCCUCUCAAUCAGAAACCUUUCUGGCUCCCAGGUGUCUUUUAUACAGGUAACGAGCUGAGAUUAGGAGCACAAUCUUAAAGGGAGUGCUCCUAAUCUCAGCUUGUUACCUGUAUAAAAGACACCUGUCCACAGAAGCAAUCAAUAAAUCAGAUUCCAAACUCUCCACCAUGGCCAAGACCAAAGAGCUCUCCAAGGAUGUCAGGGACAAGAUUGUAGACCUACACAAGGCUGGAAUGGGCUACAAGACCAUCGCCAAGCAGCUUGGUGAGAAGGUGACAACAGUUGGUGCGAUUAUUCGCAAAUGGAAGAAACACAAAUGAACUGUCAAUCUCCCUCGGCCUGGGGCUCCAUGCAAGAUCUGACCUCGUGGAGUUGCAAUGAUCAUGAGAACGGUGAGGAAUCAGCCCAGAACAACACGGGAAGAUCUUGUCAAUGAUCUCAAGGCAGCUGGGACCAUAGUCACCAAGAAAACAAUUGGUAACACACUACGCCGUGAAGGACUGAAAUCCUGCAGCGCCCGCAAGGUCCCCCUGCUCAAGAAAGCACAUCUGAAGUUUGCCAAUGAACAUCUGAAUGAUUCAGAGGAGAACUGGGUGAAAGUGUUGUGGUCAGAUGGGACCAAAAUCGAGCUCUUUGGCAUCAACUCAACUCGCCGUGUUUGGAGGAGGAGGAAUGCUGCCUAUGACCCCAAGAACACCAUCCCCACCGUCAAACAUGGAGGUGGAAACAUUAUGCUUUGGGGGUGUUUUUCUGCUAAGGGGACAGGACAACUUCACCACAUCAAAGGGAUGAUGGACGGGGCCAUCAUCCUUCCCUCAGCCAGGGCAUUGAAAAGGGGUCGUGGAUGGGUAAUCCAGCAUGACAAUGACCCAAAACACACGGCCAAGGCAACAAAGGAGUGGCUCAAGAAGAAGCACAUUAAGGUCCUGGAGUGGCCUAGCCAGUCUCCAGACCUUAAUCCCAUAGAAAAUCUGUGGAGGAAGCUGAAGGUUCGUGUUGCCAAACAUCAGGCUCGAAACCUUAAUGACUUGGAGAAGAUCUGCCAAGAGGAGUGGGACAAAAUCCCUCCUGAGAUGUGUGCAAACCUGGUGGCCAACUACAAGAAAGGUCUGACCUCUGUGAUUGCCAACAAGGGUUUUACCACCAAGUACUAAGUCAUGUUUUGCAGAGGGGUCAAAUACUUAUUUCCCUCUUUAAAAUGCAAAUCAAUUUAUAACAUUUUUGACAUGCGUUUUUCUGGAUUUUUUUAUUGUUAUUGUCUCUCACUGUUCAAAUAAACCUACCAUUAAAAUUAUGGACUGAUCAUUUCUUUGUCAGGGGGCAAACGUCACAUGUUAUCACAUUAACUUCAUAUAAGAUCACAUGGUUUUUCAGUAAGGGAUUUUAACACACCUAACCCCAAUAUUUCUCCAAAUUUCACCGUCAUUGUAAAGCACUGGUUAUUUUGUUGCUUUGACAAAGUAAUUUCUGAAGAUUAUUAUUUAUUUCAUGUGAUUAGUGAUUCAUUUACGUCUGUCCCUCAUUUUAAGAUCGACCCUGUUACUUGAAGUGAACUCUCGUUUUAAUAUGGUGAAACUAUUCCUUUUUAAAUAUAUUUUUUCAAAAGAAACAUUGAACAACUAAUAGUCAAAUAAAAGUGUAAAAGCAGAUGAGCUGGUUGUACUCAUUUUGGCCAUUUCCUGGUGUUUUGUGAUGUUAAACUGAGUGGGUCGAGCAUAACACGUCAACCCUGGCUGUUACCCAUAGAUAGACAACAUCAUUCAUUCAUUGGUAGCAGCCUAGACAGAGAGCUCCUGUAAAUGUGUACAUAUUUAGUUAUUUUUAAGUGUGUUUUCAUUGACUUUGGAACAAACAUUUUAGUUUUUCAUAACAAUUCGUUUUUAAUGCAUAUACAGUAUCUGGUGGUUUUGAGCCACGGAUUUGCAGAUUGACUGACAGGUCAACUAUUUUUGGCUUGGCUAGCUAGCUAGCUGGCUAAUGUUUUUGUUUAAAAAAUGCAUCUGGAAACAGUAGCAGCUUUUCUAUUUCACAUGGCUGCCAUCUUUUGAGAAAAUCAUGUGAGGAGUCUCUUGAAGCGUGAGAGGAAUGGGAGAUGGAGGAAUACAGUGCUGGGGCAGAGGGCUCGUAGAGAGGACGACUGGCUACUAUUCUGAACUUUGUGUGGUGGGCUUUCUGGCACCCAGAGCUGCCGAGGCAUCACACAGUGGGUGCUUCACAGAGUGGAAUAGCAGUCCAGUGGCUAUAUGACAAGCUGGUUCCCAGUCUUGCCCUCUAAAAGAUCAUGAGCAGACUCCAUGACCAUCAUCUACCAUCCUCUGAUCAGCUCCUUCUGCUCAAGCCAUGAACGGACUCUCUCCAUGUGCAGAGGAUGCAGCAUUCAAAGACUUGGCCUGUAUUGGUUGACCUGACCUGUCAUGAUACAUUGCUUUUAUUUAUUUUAUUAUAAUUUUUUGCUUAUGAAGCACUUUGAGAUUUCUAUUAUGGAAGCGCUAUAGAAGUUUAAUAAAUUAUUGGUAUUAAAGCUGCAAUAUGUAACUUUUUGGGCUACCUGACAAAAUUCACAUAGGAUUGUGAGUUAUAGAUACACUACAUGAUGAAAAGUAUGUGGAGACCUGCUCAUCAAAAAUCUCAUUCCAAAAUCAUGGGCAUUAAUAUGGAGUUGGUUCCCCAUUUGCUGCUAUAACAGCCUCCACUCUUCUGGGAAUGCUUUCCACUAGAUGUUGGAACAUUGCUGCAGGGACUUGCUUCCAUUCAGCCACAACAGCAUAAGUGAGGUCAGGCACUGAUGCUAGGCGAUUCGGCCUGGCUCGCAGUCAGUGUUCCAAUUCAUCCCAAAGGUGUUCAAUGGGGUUGAGGUCAGGGCUCUGUGCAGGCCAGUCAAAUUCUUCCACACUGAUCUCGACAAACCAUUCUGUAUGGACCUCGCUUUGUGCAUGGGGGCAUUGUCAUGCUGAAACAGGAAAGGGCCUUCCCCAAACCGUUGCCAUAAAGUUGGAAGCACAGAAUCGUCUAGAAUGUCAUUGUAUGCUGUAGUGUUAAGAUUUCCCUUCACUGGAACUAAGGGGCCUAGCCCGAACCAUGAAAAACAGCCCAGACCAUUAUUCCUCCUCCACCAAACUUUACAGUUGGCACUAUGCAUUGGGGCAGAUAGCGUUCUCCUGGUGUCCGCCAAGCACAGAUUCGUCCAUCGGACUGCCAGAUGGUGAAGCGUGAUUCAUCAGUCCAGAGAACGCGUUUCCACUGCUCCAGAUUCCAAUGGUGGCAAGCUUUACACCACUCCAGCCUACACUUGGCAUUGCGCAUGGUGAUCUUAGGCUUGUGUGUGGCUGCUCGGCCUUGGAAACCCAUUUCAUGAAGCUCCCGACGAAAAGUUAUUGUGCUGACAUUGCUUACAGAGGCAGUUUGGAACUCGGUAUUGAGUGUUGCAACCGAGGACAGAUUAUUUUUACACACUACAAGCUUCAGCACUCGGCAGUCCCGUUCUGUGAGCUUGUGUGUCCUACCACUUAGUGGCUGAGCCGUUGUUGCUCCUAGACGUUUCCACUUCACAAUAAAGGCACUUUCAGUUGAUCGGGGCAGCUCUAACAGUGCAGAAAUUUGACGAACUGACUUGUUGGAAAGGUGGCAUUCUAUGACGGUGCCAUGUUAAAAGUCACUGAACUCUUCAGUACGGGCCAUUCUACUGCCAAUGUUUGUCUAUGGAGAUUGCAAGGCGGUGUGCUCGAUUUGAUACACCUGUCAGCAACGGGUGUGGCAGAAAUAGCCGAAUCCACUAAUUUGAAGGGCUGUCCACAUACUUUUGGUGAUGUAGUGUAUGUAAUUCUCAUUGAAAGCAAGUCUAAGAAGCGGUACAUAUGUUCUAUGUGCGCUAUUUCUAUGUUUUUGUGUCUUUUACUUUCAGGUUUUGUACACCAUAUAUUUCAAAAUAUAUUUCACAGCAGUUUAGAUGGUAAAAUGAUUGUCUACACUAUACUUGCUUGUUUGUCACAUAAACUAAAAUUAGGCAAACUAUUAGAAUUUUGCUUUCAAUACCCCCUGUCAGAAGGGGAUUUAAGAUUAAACCUGUUAUGGUCAACCCCUUUACUUUAUUUGGUACUUUAUAGGCAUUUACUAUAGUCCUUUUUUUAAUUUAACCUCUUGAGAUGGGAACUUUUUUAUGAAGUUGAACAUGUGCUCUUCAUGAAAACUUUUUUUUGACCAAAUUACACUUCUCAAAAGGCACCAUAUUGGUGGAACGAUCCAGAUAUGAACAGAUUGAGAGACAUUCGAUUUCUUUCAGCAUCAUUAACAUACCACACAUACUCUCCCUCUACCCAGACCUUUUUUGUUCAAAAGGAAGAUUGCCACUUAUAAUGUGAGCAGAUGUUAUGCAGGCAAUAAUAAGCCAUUAUUAUUAUUAUUAUUAGCUCAAACAUGCACUUAUCUUUGAUAUCGUGUUUAAUCUAAAUCAAGGUGGCGAUGCCGCGCUGACUGAUGACAUCACAGCGGGUGGUCAGGAUGGCAUCUCCUUUGUUCAUCCCAUGGGGGAGAUAUUUCUCCAGCCGCUGGCAGGUAAGGCUUUCUCCUACUACCAGUUAACUAAUUGAUCGCCUCACGGAUCCUGUUGAUCCUGGCGCCAUGCUGUCUUCUCUUUAGCCACUGAUGUGGAAAAACAGGCAUCCCCUCAAUUCUUUACAGCACGACAAUGUCAUUUGUGACCAAAGCAUGUGCCGCCAGUCCUGCCCGGAAUACAAAGCAGUCCUCUGUGUAGUGAAAGACAUGACAAAGACACUAACUAAAACAGAUCAAUUGAUCCAUGGUCAUGCAGUAUCGACUUUACAGUGAAAUCAUGAUUAAGUUUAGUUGACCAUAGCUAAGAAUUUAACACCAGUGUUUGACAAUGUUAAGAAGAAGAGAUACAAAGAACUCAGAUUGUAAAACAUCUUCUCUUUUUAAUCAUACAUAUGGCUAAGUUGACCAGUGCUUGUGCUACAGCAUUGUUCUUGUGAGAUUCAUGUGGUGAUGUAACUUCCUCUGUCAUCCUCUCCACUCAGCCAUGGAGAGCCAUGGAGAAUGUGAGAUCAAGGUGCAGCUCAACUGCAGUCACUGCCAGACCCAGAGCUGCAAACGAGACGAGGACACUCGACUCAUCCUCUGCCUUUGUCACAACGAGGAGGUGCUGGCCAGUGACAACGUCACCUGCACAGGUAACUUCUGUACAGUCAUGGAAAUAUUUACAUUAAAUGGCACACUCAUCAAAUAAAAUAAAUGGAGGAAUGGAAUGGAAGGUUGUUAACUACCUUACUAGUAGUCCCAUUGUCUCUGAUACAUUGUUAUGAUCUUAGUGGUUCUCUAUCUUCCCCUGCUAACCCUGACCUCUGACCCCCCCCCCCCCCACCAGCAGCAGUCCCUCAGAGCCUCACCCCAAAAGGCCAGCUGUCCCUGUCCCUCAUCCUGGCCGUGGUGGCAUCUACCGUGGUGACGGGCAUCGUCCUGACCUGCGCCAGCCUCACCCUCAGUAAGAGACUCUUCCAGUUCUGUGUCGACUCUGUGCCCUCCACCUUUCAUCGCCUGUGAGCUGUGAGCUUCUCUCCAUGCCAACGAUACUGUAUUUAACUUUCAGAAUGAAAGCAUCCUGAAAAGGCAGGACGCUUAGCAUUUUAAACCAAGCUGUGGUUUAAUGUAUUCUCUUUGAGGGAAAUGUGACAUUGGAUGAGAGUGAAUGGCAGAAGUACACGAUUUUCACUGCAGUUAAAAGCCAGGAAGAGACUUAAUUGUAGAGAAAGGCAAAGCUUGAAUAUAAAAUAUCUCAGAGACUUGACAGAAAGAGUACAAAAGGUGGCCUUUUAGGAAUUUUGGCUUAUAAUUUUCCACAGUGACAAUAAUGGGUUUGCCUUGCCAGCCCUUGGGCAUUAUAUUUCUUUCAGAUAUCAAGCCUGGUAGAGACUAGACAUAUUUUAAGUGUGAUACACAUACUUUUAGAGGGGCUUAAGGGAUUACAGUGAGACUAACCACCUUUCACUCUUGCACUAUUUCAGACCACAAAAUCUAAGACAUUUCUGUUAGAGUUAAGGGGUUAGCUAGGUAUUCAGUUGGUUGUGUGGCACUUUGGGAUUGAUGGUCCCAAUUGUGUGCAAUAACAUAUACUGUAUAUCUAUUCAUGCUUCAAAGGGCACAUUGGACACAUCUCCAGUAACAAUUCUUACCCUCUACUGUAUACUUAUUUUAUAAUGACAUGGGUUUAUUUGAAUUCAAGGUGAUACAUGGUUUAACUGCUUAAUGCUAAUGAUUGCACAAUUAGCCUGCUAAAAGGAAUGAUUAGGGAAUUAGGAAAAUGACUGAUAUGAACCUUUAAAUUGUACCUUUGAUUAUUCUGCUUUGAGGAUGGAAGGAGAGAAUAAUAAUCGAUUCUCCUAAUAUUAGUGUCUAACUUUGUCUUGCCAAUAGGCAAUGAUCAAUAUCAUAUUGAAUGCUGCUACUGUGUCAUAUGUGUACUUUAUGUGUGCUCAUGCAAAAAAAAAGUACAGAUUGUCUUAUUAGUUUUUUGGCAAAAAAAUGUACUACAUUGAGGGAUUAUUUGAUGUUUCUCUUGCAGUAAGACGGGAGGUAAGUUCUGUCAGUGCAAGACUCUUAUUUUCCAGCCAAGGAGUGUCUAACCAUGGAGUGUCUUAUCAUGGCAGAAUGUCAAUUUAAACUUGAAAAGCACUGUGGUGGUGACUCAUCACUAUGCAUAUGCCCUGUCAGGAUCCAAGCAUUACUGCCUUACUGCGAAAUGCAUUUCGCUACACCCGCAAUAACAUCUGCUAAACACGUGUAUGUGACCAAUAACAUUUUAUUUUAUUUGAUUUGAAAUGGUCUUCCUAAUCCCCUAUACUUCUCUCAUAUAGUGUACAUCUCUCAACUGUGGAGGAGUUAAUACUACCAAUAAAAAUAUAGUGUUGGCAUAUUAACGAUUAACUACGUGAUAACUUUUGUCCAUGAAGGCAACAAACCAUCCCUCUAUGUCAGUAUGAGAUACAUAUAUUUAGAGUUUGACUUGUGCACUAACUGUAACACACUUCUUUCCAAUGCUAAAUAAAUAAAACUCGUAAUUAACACAAAGUUUCACAGUGAAGUGAAAGUCCCUUUGAACUUUCCCAUAAGCCUCAGAGGAAGUGAUGUCAGAGCUGUCAAUUCAAAAAGCAUACUGUACAGUGUCAGUAUAUAGUUUCCCUAUAUCCUAAAUACACAACAUGCAUAACACACAACACACACACACACUCAACCCAACCCAAAAGCCAGAUGGUCAUGCAGCCACACAGUGGCCCAUGGAGAUGGCCCUUCCAGGUGGAGACAGACCUCAGACAGUUAACAGUGUCUCUUCACCUGAGCUCUCCCCCAUGUAGGUUGGUAGUCUGUCCACGGGCCCCCCACUCCUCCCCCGAGCGUCGCGUCUGUCUGCACCUGCAGCUCGACGUCACGGCAGAGGGCACCUCUCACCUCCACGCAUCGCCCCCCAGGGCACCCACCCAGCCCCCCAGGCAGACUACCAACCUGCAUCGAGGCCGCAGGCCGCCUCCACGGAGGGUGAGUCCUCGGUCCUCAACUCACAGACUGUCAGCUAGUCACUGAUUGGACCAGGGGCAGAGGCCAUAUGUUAGAGGUCAGAGGCCAGAGGUUAGAGGACAGACAGACAUUAGGGUAGUGUGUGUGUGAUGCAUGCGUUAGUGGGUUGUUGUGUCUCUGAUCGGUACAGGAUAGUAACAGUUUGAAGCAGAGGGCUGUAUCACAGUAACCAACGCUAUCUUCCUGGUCUCUCUCCCCUACAGUAUACUACCGUAAGAAGAACCAGCUGCAUGCGGUCAGACUGCGUCUCCAGAGUCCAGAGUACAAGCUGAGUAAGAUCCGGUCAUCGACCAUCAUGACAGACUACAACCCCAACUACUGCUUCGCUGGCAAGGCUGCUUCACUGAGCGAGCUGAAGGAAGUACCACGCAAGAACAUCACCCUCCUCAGGUAAGCCACACACACAGUAAGCUAUUAAGUGUAUUACAUGAUAAUUGAUUGUAGUAGUGUGCUAUAUUCAAGUCACUUCAGGUUUUGACUGGACUCUGGAAUUAAGCUCUUUGUCAUCUGUCUGGCUUGGUGUGUGUUUGCAGGGCGUUGGGCCAUGGAGCAUUUGGGGAGGUGUAUGAGGGCCAGGUUCUAGGGAUGAAUGGAGAGAACACAGCCAUGCAAGUGGCUAUAAAGGUCAGUUCCUCUUCCUCCGUCUCCUUUACUCCUCCA